CUCACAAGCGCACAACGACAGCAGAGACAAGCCAUUCUGAGACGACGGACCUAAAGCUGUCACUCUGAUACUGUAGGUGUUAUGGACCUAGAGCUGUCACUCUGAUACUGUAGGUGUUAGGGACCUAGAGCUGUCACUCUGAUACUGUAGGUGUUAUGGACCUAGAGCUGUCACUCUGAUACUGUAGCUGUUAGGGACCUAGAGCUGUCACUCUGAUACUGUAGGUGUUAGGGACCUAGAGCUGUCACUCUGAUACUGUAGGUGUUAGGGACCUAGAGCUGUCACUCUGAUACUGUAGGUGUUAGGGACCUAGAGCUGUCACUCUGAUACUGUAGCUGUUACGGGUUCAAACAAAACUGUAAGUACUGUUAGUGUUUGAGAGACUAGUCAAGGAGCACUGGAACUAGAGGAAAUAGUCAAAGGACAUCUACGCUAAACCAGAGAUGACCCAGAAGGUGAAGUCUGACAGGGGCGUGAAGGAGGAGAACAUGGGGGUCUACGCUAAUGCUGACACCCUCAGAGGAGAUCAGAUGUCAGGUGCUGGGGGUCCAGAGAGGAGUCUCUCCAGAGCUGCAGCAGUGUGUCUGGGGCUGCUGUGUGCUCUCCUACUGGCUGGGAUCAUAGCACUGGGAUUCUGCUACCAGAGAGAGAGAGAUGAGCUUAAGAGGAGGCUGUGUGAGAGCGGUGAAUACGGAUGGAGCAGAUUUACCAGCAGCUGUUACUACUUCUCCACUGAGAAGAAAAGCUGGGAGGAGAGCAGAAAGGACUGUAUCAGAAGAGGGGCAUACCUGGUGAUCAUUAACAGCAGAGAGGAGAUGGAAUUUGUUCACACUACAACCAUAAACUUAGGCAAUUUCUGGUUGGGUCUGACUGAUAACGUUCCACCAACGUUCUACCGUCAGUGGACCUGGGUGGACGGAACACCACUGGAUCCGGCCAAAACAUACUGGGCAACAGGAGAACCAAAUAUCCCUUCCCACUAUGGCCCCAGCUGUGUAGAGCGAUGGUUACCUGAUCAGCCGGCUGACAGAAGCCUGGCUGACACCCCAUGCCACUAUAACUUCUACUAUGUGUGUGAGAUGUGACCUGUAAUAAAAAAAAUAUAUACAAGGUCACUAUUCUUCCUCGUUUAAUUAAUUAGCAGUUCAGUCUAGUCUAGGUGUCCUUGACGGUUCUGAACGUCCUUCAUGCUCUUUGGUUAAAAAAAGUUAUUUUAGGUCCUGCUUACAUGAUAUUUGUCUUACAGUGAAUACUAUGUCAAAUACAUGAAUACAUUUUCUUCUGUAUUCUUACUGGUAAACAGAAUGUAUAGGUCUACAGUUUCUUUAUUCACAAUAUACAAUUAUUAUUUACAAAUAAUUCGAGUAAUUUGUUACAUUGUUGCAAAGAGAAUCGUGACUGUGACCGUGUGUGUACUUAGGUCACAAACCCUUUCCAGCUUAACACCGACUGUUUAUUUACCCGAAGAACGCUAAGAACGUACUUGUCAAGCGUUCUUGCGAGAACGGAGGACGGAGAACAAAUUGAGAUGCGUGUGUUCUUGGCUAUUGCGCAAUACCCUAGACUCAGCGGUAUGACAACACUGGCAUUAUCAGCGCAACAUAUGAUAAACUGUUUCUGUAUAGGGCUUGUGUAUUAUAUUUGUGUUUAAUAUAGGCUCAUACUUAAUACAGUUAGACAAACUCAGAACUCCUCUUUGUCUCAUCUGUCCGUAUUAUAGUGCCAUGUUGAUCAGACCCAAUAACAGCUGUUCUAAUAAAGCAUGAGAGAACUGGA